UGCAUGGAGUGUGGAAAGUGCUUCAAUAACUCAGGUUAUCUUACUUCCCAUAAAAGGAUCCACACAGGUGAGAAACCAUAUAAAUGCAUGGAGUGUGGAAAGUGCUUCAAUAACUCAGGUUCUCUCACUAUUCAUAAAAGGAUCCACACUGGGGAGAAACGAUAUGAAUGCAAGGAGUGUGGCAAGUGCUUCAGCGGUUCAAGUUACCUUACUACCCAUAAAAGGAUUCACACAGGUGAGAAACCAUAUGAAUGCCAGGAGUGUGGAAAGUGCUUCACUAAGUCAGGUUCCCUCACUUCCCAUAAAAGGAUCCAUACUGGGGAAAAACCAUAUAAAUGCCAGGGGUGUGGAAAGUGCUUCAGAGAUUCAAGUUAUCUUACUUCCCAUAAAAGGAUCCACACAGGGGAAAAACCGUAUGAAUGUCAGGAGUGUGGAAAGUGCUUCAAAGAUUCAAGUUAUCUUACUUCCCAUAAAAGGAUCCACACAGGUGAGAAACCAUAUGAAUGCCAGGAGUGUGGAAAAAGCUUCCAUUUUGCAACAAACCUUACUUCCCAUAAAAGGAUUCACACAAGUGAGAAACCAUAUGAAUGUCAGGAGUGCGGAAAGUGCUUCAAAGAUUCAAGUUAUCUUACUUCCCAUAAAAGGAUCCACACAGGGGAGAAACCAUAUAAAUGCCAGGAGUGUGGCAAGUGCUUCAGCGGUUCAAGUUAUCUUACUUCCCAUAAAAGGAUCCACACAGGGGAGAAACCAUAUAAAUGCCAGGAGUGUGGCAAGUGCUUCAGCGGUUCAAGUUAUCUUACUUCCCAUAAAAGGAUCCACACAGGGGAGAAACCAUAUAAAUGCCAGGAGUGUGGCAAGUGCUUCAGCGGUUCAAGUUAUCUUACUUCCCAUAAAAGGAUCCACACAGGGGAAAAACCAUAUGAAUGCAAGGAAUGUGGAAAAAGGUUCCAUUUUGCAACAAGCCUUACUUCCCACAACAGAAUCCACACUGGGGAGAAACCAUAUAAAUGCCAGGAGCGUGGAAAGAUCUUCACAGCUUCGAGUUCUCUUACUUCCCGUAAAAGGAUCCACACUGGGGAGGAACCAUAUAAAUGGCAGGAGUGUGGAAAGAGCUUCAGAGCUUCAAAUUUUCUUACUUCUCAUAAAAGGAUCCACACUGCAGAAAAACCAUAUAAGUGCCAGGAGUGUGGAAAGAACUUCACAGCUUCAAGUUCUCUUACUUCCCAUAAAAGGAUGCACACUGAGGAGAAGCCAUUUGAAUGCAAGGAAUGUGGAAAGAGUUUCAGUGAAAAACAUAGUUAUACUGUACAUAACAGAAUCCAUACUGGAGAGAAACCGUAU